AUGCCCACCUACCAGGUCUUGCGAUGCUACGAGGACUCGUGCCGGAUGUUUCAGGUUCACCAGGUCAAGAAGGUCAACAAAUGGCAAUGCAGGGUCUGCGGAGAAAAGCAGAGCACCAUCAAGGUAUUCUUGACGUCGCCACAAGCAUCGGAGUGCCGAACGUUUGUCCAGAAUAUGAACAUGGCCAGAGGCAGGGCCGAAGAGGAUCUGCUGAACCAGAGACAGUCUCGUGAAGAAGACCAAGCGGCUGUACCGCAGCGACAGGAAUGUCGUCUGCCGACAAGAUCGAAAUGGGAAGACUAUGUCGACGAGGAGCCUGAUGAUGAGACGGGCGAACACGAUGACCAGGGAGGCUCUUCGCUUCCCCAGCAGCCGUGGCAGGGCGCGACAUCCAAAUGGAGCACCUUUGCUGACGAUGAUGACGAAUAG